AUGGACAGAGAAGGCUGCCAGUGCGAAUGUUUGAAGAUCCCAGGGGUUUGUUUCGACCCCUCUGAUGAAGAACUUGUUACCUAUUACCUGAAAGAAAAGAUCGAGGGAAGGCCGCUCCAAUGCAAUCAUCUGAUGACACAGUUGCAGAUUUACGACGAUGAUCUGAUGCCAUGGGAAGUUCUCAAAGAUGAUAAUCCUUACUGGAUGACAUCUUCUUGUGAUUCGUUCAACAAAACUAAGAAGACUAUCUAUGUGUUUACGGAGUUGAGAAAGAAGAAGAGCCGUGUGAUAAGGAGAAGUGGCCGCGGUUCAUGGACGGGUCAGAAUAAUCCUGUCGUGAAGGACAAGGCAGGUAAGGGGAUUGGAUACAAUAAACUCUUAACUUUUUAUGAAGAUAGUGAUGACAAGAAGGGGAAGAAGGGCAAGAAGAAGAUUAAUAAUGAUAGCGAUCAUGGUCACUGGAUCAUGCACGAGUAUUCACUUUUUGGAAACGACAAGUUUGUUCUAUGUAAAAUUGUCAAGGAAGUGAGGAUGGGUGCAAAAGCUUCGGUGCUGUGUACUAAUGAAGGAACAACAACGCAAGAGGUACCGGAGAUGAUUUGUGGAAAGAAUGGACAGACAGAUGGAGCGUGCAUGGGUUCGGAUGGGGCAGAUAAUGUUCAAGAAAUUCAAGAUUUCAUGACAGCAGACGUUCCUCGUAUUGAAGCAGUAGAGGCUAACAAUAAAGCAGAUGAUGACAUGGAAGGCAACAAACAAAUUCUGGAUGACUUGUGGAAUUUGCAACUGGAUCAUGAUUUUUCACCAACAGACACAGCUUGGGUAGAUGAUUUGAUUUUGGACUUUUCUUCUCCAGAUUUGUCCGACUUAUGGCCGGUUGAAGAAAGCCAAGGGCAGGCUGGCCCCUAG